CGCCACAACGAGACCCGUUCCGGUCGCAACCAGCCACGCACGCGUCGCUCCACCGCCUGCUUCCUUCCUUCCUUCCUUCCUUCCUUCACUCGUUCGUUUUUAUACACCAGCGCGCGCCCGCGGCACCGAGAAACGUGCCGAUGGCGAAGCCGACGCCGCCGUCUUGCCGCCAUGCGGUGCUGCUCGCGGCGCUCGUCCUCGCGGCCGGCGCUGUCGCCCGGGCGGACGACGACGACGAGCGGGACAGGAAGAGUGACGGCGGGAGAGGGGUCGUGUACGGCGCGAGGAAGCCGCCCAGCUUCAGCGCGCCCAUGGUGGUGCUGCUCGUGGCGCUCAUCGCCACCUUCUUCUUCAUCGGCUUCUUCUCCAUCUACAUCCGCCAGUGCGGCCGCGGCAACUCCCCCACCAUCCCGGCCGCGGCCUUCCUCGUGCUGUCGCGGCAGGAGCAGCAGCAGCAGGCCCGGCCGCGCGGGCUCGACCCGGAUCUGGUCGCCUCGUUCCCCGCCAUGACCUACGCCGAGGCGAGGGCGCUCCGGGAGAAGGAAGCGGGAGGCAAGGGCGCGGACGGCACGGCCGUGCUCGAGUGCGCCGUCUGCCUCAGCGAGUUCGAGGACGGGGACCAGCUCCGCCUCCUCCCCAAGUGCAGCCACGCGUUCCACCCGGACUGCAUCGGGGAGUGGCUCGCCGGCCACGUCACCUGCCCCGUCUGCCGCUGCAGCCUCGCCCCGGAGGAGCCGGCAGCCCCGGCCGCGGCCGAAGCGGACGGCGCUGGCGGGGAGUUGCAGCGGGCGCCGGAGGUGGCCAUCGACAUGAACCGCGAGGGCGACGGCGAGGAGCAGGAGGAGAGAAUGAGGGAAGCAGCGGAGCUGGAGCGGAUCGGCAGCAUGCGGCGCGCGGUGCGGUCGCGGUCGCGGUCGGGGCGGCCGUUCUCGCGCGCGCACUCGACGGGCCACUCCCUCUCCGCGCGGUUCGACGGCGACCUGGAGCGGUUCACGCUGCGCCUCCCGGAGCACGUGCGCAGGGACAUGGUGGCCGCGGGCGAGGAGAGCCUGCGCCGCACGGUGGCGCGGGACGCCGGCGCACGCAGCGCGCGGAUCGGCCGGUCCGACCGGUGGCCGUCGUUCAUCGCCAGGACGUUCUCCUCCGGGGUGCCGUUCUGGGCGGCCUCGAGGAGGGCGCCGGACGCGGACGCGCCAGCCCAAUGCCCUCCGACACCCGCGCCGACGGCGCCGCCGCUGCCAAGAACCGUCCGUGAGAAGACGCCGGACGGGUCCGUCGUGGGCUCGGCCAACAGCAAGGGGAGCGUGCGCUUCGACUGCCUCGGCGGCAGGGUCGCCGGCGACAGCGAGGAGGAGCCGGAGGAGGAGAAGGCGAUCAUCCGGCGAGUCUGAAAGCGCCCGACGGGUCGUCGUCUCGGUGCGCCGUCCACUUUUGAUUGGAUGGUCACAUCGAAGCGCCAAACGUCAACGCGCGGCACAUACCACAUUAAUUAGCGGGUCGAUCAGGAAUCAAUGCGCGACGAGGAUUGAAAAUGAGAUGCCGCGGACUCGUCGCAGUUCCCGCCAUGUGAUCUUCGAGGAAGAAGCAGCUCAUGCGCAUGCGUGCGCACGGAAAACGCACCGUUGAAAUCUGUUGCAGACUUUGCUUUCGUUCUCGUUACAUUACUUAUAUAUUUUUCGUGAGAUUGGUGGCGUACAUACCGUUGAAAGAUUCAGAUUUUCAUUACCGUUGAAUAAACAGGGGCCGGGGUCGGUGUGUAUACUUCGGAGUGUAGGCAGGAGUAUUCAAAGAUACCACUAUCGUGGGUUUUCACAUUAGAUUUUAUGUGCAUACCUGAUGCGUUCUUUCCUCCAUAGGGGGGCUUCUGUU